AUGAUGGCAAAUAAGUUUUCAUCGAAUGUAAAUGAUACUCGUCCUCCGAUGUACGAGAAAAAAAAUAUAAAACUUGUUCCAAUCAAUCCGAGCGUUCAUUUUGCUACAACAAGUUCGCCAGCGGUAACAAACGAUUCAAAUCCAUCGAGUUUCGUACCAAUUAUUGACGUUUUCGGAAAGAAGUAUUUUCCUGUCUACUUUAAACAACCAUCAAAUGAGCUCAAUCAGAACACAUCUACGAUUCCACCAGCACCGCCGCUGCCGAAACCGAAGAUUUAUGUCGAACGUCUUACGAUUUCACAAAUCAAUUUAGUUCCAGUCAAAGGCAAUAAAAAGCAAUCGAUUAAAAUUCCACCUUAUGCAAUAACUCAACAUUCUCCUGCAGCGUACAAACAUUUACGAGCUAAAACGGUUCGUAUCGGUAAUAUUCGUUGGCCACCGCCAAUCAACGCUGAUACAAUCAGUGACAAUGAUGAGAAAAAGUCUAUUCGACGACGUACUCAGAAAGAAAUUCACAAGAAUCGCCAACAAGUCGAUCUUGUCGACGAAUCAUUAUUUCGAGGUAUGACCAUUUCUCUUUCUAUUUAA